AUGCGGUGGUGCUGCGGGCCGGCUGGGCCCGCUACGCCCCUGCUUGAGGCCCCACCUCAGACCCUAAACGACGCCUUUGGGCCAAUGACUAUUCGUCCUCACAAUACGGCGCUUGUGAUCAGCGAGUCUGAGCCGGAAGGCGCAUUUCUGGAACGUCUUCGUAGUCUCGGCUGGUCCAUCAACGUUUCACCGGUCUCGCAAGCCACCUGCUCCGUGCAACAGCUUCGACCUAUUCUUCUACUGCUCGAUAAUCGUAUACCUGAGCUACCAGCACUAUCCAGGUUUGUUAUUACACCAUAUAAUUUUGCUUUAGGUUAGCC